CCUUCAUUCAGUGAGUGAGCAGAGUUUGUCGCGUUCGGAAGGUAAGUGACAGUUGUCCGGCCUUCUGCGUUUCUCGGUCAUUCAGGGUAUAGCAGAGAGGAGGAAGCAAUAGAAAUAAGAAAAAAGCUUUCAGACACAUUAGGCAAGGAGUAUUUUGAAGAAAAAAUAGAUCCUACUGAAGUUGGAGUUAGUUAGUAGUGACACUGAAAACGUGGUGAUGCGACGUCGAUCGUUGGAUGCCAUAUCUGCUGAUUGGCUCUAGUGGUUCCGGUCGGUAUUCUACGAACAGGUUUUUUGCGUCUGCUGAAAGGAGUGGGAUUUUUUCGCUUGUACGCAGCAAUAUACAGAGUCACUGCUAGUGUGUGUGUUUUUGUUUUGGUGGGUGUCGCUGCUGACUGUUGUGCAUUCGAGUUUGGAAAGACACAAGGAAGAAGAAGAGCACUUGCAAGAGUGACGGCCAAAUUUUAUCAGUGAUGUAGUGAUUGAACUAAGUGAUAAGCGUGGUGAAGUUCGGAGCUGUUCGUGCUCGCGGAUUUUUUAAAUGGAAACCUAGUGCGACUAUUCGUUCUUCGGAAUCACGCGUAGAAGACUCUUGACAUUACUACAGCGUGACGCUAAGUACAAUUUUGGUUUGCCAGAUCAGAAAAUGUACAAUAACAACAACAAACUUGCGAUUUGUCACACUCAUUCGCGUGAGUAACUUGUCGAUGAGCGCUCUCGCGCUAAUUUCUCUCGUACCAUCUUCGUGUUCGUUCUACUUGUGCGAGAGAAGUGUUGCACUUUAAAAUUGUCAGAGCUUCACAAGUAAGGAGAAGUUUCGUGAGUACCAUGUGUUGAUUUUAAUGAGCUCAUCCGUUCGUUGGCUUUAGUGUGUGCCAGUUGAUACUCAAUAAGCAGCCGAUAAAUUCCUCCAUUCAUUUGUUUAUGCUGGGAGCGAAAAAGAAAAUUGUUGCUCAUCAUAUUCGCAGAAGUGUUGGAAUCAGCUGGGAAAUAGAACAGUGGGUGGUAAAAUUGUGAGUAACGGGAGGGUAUCAGUAAACAAGUGCCAAAGAAUCAGUAUUUUCACGUGAGAUUUUCCUGCAAUUUUUAGUAGAAAGAAAGCUUUAUUUUGUAAAUCGACUUGGUGUAGUGUGUUUACUUGAAACGACUGUCCGUAUAAGCAGAGACACCGGCGGGUGGUUUGUUGGCCCAAGAAGAGCAGCAAUAAUCGUUGACCGACAUAUACCAGAAAUUGUAUACAAUAUUAUUUCUUUAACAACGGAGCAACAAGAGCAAACCGAUUUCGUUUAUUCACGCGAUCGCGGUCUUCUGCAAAAAUUCGCCUGAAUGCUGAAUAAAAAAUCAAAGGAGUCUUUUCGUUAAAGUGAAAAGUAGCUUUCCUUCUGUGCUUUUUUAAAAGUUUUUUUAGUUCGUAUCGUGAAAAGUGGGGAAGAAACCUGUGCUUGUUUAGUGUUUUCUGUUCUGCCCCAAUAGUCUGGGUGUUAUCAAUGGUGUUAUAUAGUAACUGAAAAGAGAAGACGAGAGAGAAAUAGUGGAAGAGACAGUUCUGGUCAACACCGCAAAAACAGUCACUCAAGAUGGCGGAUCUCGAAGCAGUGCUGGCCGAUGUCAGCUAUCUGAUGGCGAUGGAGAAAUCCAAAUGCAUGCCGGCAGCCAGAGCUAGUAAAAAGAUUAUCCUGCCGGAUCCCAGCGUACGAAGUGUGAUGCACAAAUACUUGGAAAAGGAGAAUGAGGUGAACUUCGACAAAAUAUUCAACCAAGUGCUUGGAUAUCUUCUAUUCCGAGAUUUCUGCGACAACAUCUCAGACGAACCGGUGCCGCAUUUAAAAUUCUACGAAGAGAUCAAAGCCUACGAAAAGACAGAGUGCCACGACGAAAGGCGGAAACAGGCCAGAGAUAUCUACGACAACUUCAUAAUGAAGGAAAUGCUGUCACAUACACAUGAAUACUCAAAGGAAGCGGUGGCGCACGUACAAAAGUAUUUGAUGAAAAACGAAGUACCGGUGAAUCUGUUCGAGCCGUACAUCGAGGAAAUUUUUCACCACCUGCGAGGCGAACCGUUUCGGAAGUUUCUCGAAAGCGAUAAAUUCACCCGCUUCUGCCAGUGGAAGAACCUGGAACUCAACAUUCAGUUAACCAUGAACGAUUUCAGUGUGCACCGGAUUAUCGGACGAGGUGGCUUCGGGGAGGUGUACGGCUGUCGGAAGGCCGACACCGGAAAAAUGUACGCGAUGAAGUGUUUGGAUAAGAAACGCAUCAAAAUGAAGCAGGGCGAAACGUUGGCGCUGAACGAGAGAACGAUGCUAUCGCUAGUCAGUACGGGGGUCGACUGUCCGUUUAUCGUCUGCAUGACGUAUGCCUUCCACACCCCGGACAAGCUCUGCUUCAUCCUGGAUCUGAUGAACGGUGGCGAUCUGCACUAUCAUCUGUCCCAGCACGGUGUGUUUAACGAGUCCGAUAUGAAGUUCUAUGCAGCGGAGGUCAUCCUCGGGCUGGAACACAUGCACAAGCGGUUUAUCGUCUAUCGGGACCUGAAGCCAGCCAACAUUUUGCUGGACGAGAACGGCCACGUUCGGAUCUCGGACCUGGGGUUGGCGUGUGAUUUUAGCAAAAAGAAACCUCAUGCCUCGGUUGGAACGCAUGGCUAUAUGGCACCGGAGGUACUGUCCAAGGGAACACCGUAUGAUUCCAGUGCAGACUGGUUUAGCUUCGGUUGUAUGCUGUACAAGUUGCUGAAAGGUCACUCACCCUUCCGGCAGCACAAAACCAAGGACAAACAUGAGAUCGAUCGAAUGACGCUUACAAUGAACGUUGAACUGCCGGAAUCAUUUAGUAAAGAACUAAGAGACUUGCUAGAGGGACUACUUCAGAGGGACAUUGAUAAACGAUUAGGUUGUAAAGGGGGAGGAGCGGAUGAGGUGAAAGCGCAUCCAUUCUUCACCGGUAUCGACUGGAACCAGGUUUACUACCAGAAGUACACCCCACCGCUGAUACCUCCUCGGGGAGAGGUGAAUGCCGCAGACGCCUUCGAUAUCGGUUCAUUUGACGAAGAAGACACUAAAGGAAUCAAAUUGACUGAACAAGAUCAGGAGCUUUAUAAAUAUUUUCCGCUGACCAUCUCGGAAAGAUGGCAGCAGGAAGUAUCGGAAACAGUAUUCGAAACCGUCAACUUGGAAGCAGAUCGACUCGAACAGAAGCGAAAAGCUAAGCAGAAACAGCGCUUCGAUGCGGACGAGAAAGACUCCGACUGCAUACUACACGGGUAUAUAAAAAAAUACAGCGGCUCGUUUGCGUCGGUUUGGCAGACGCGGUACGCAAAGCUCUACCCGAACAGGCUAGAAUUACAUACCGACAGUGGAAGUACGAAGCCAGAACUAGUGUUCAUGGAUCAGGUCGAGGAGGUGUCACCGGACUUUGUGCAGUUCAAAAACGAACAGUGUAUGCAGAUCCGGUUCCGUGAUGGAAUUCGUGAUGGUAAACUGAUCUUAACAAUGUCGGACGAAAUUGGUCUUAAAGAGUGGGCCUUAUCGCUGCGGGGUGCCCAUAAAGAAAGCCAAGAGCUACUUGGCUCAAUGGCCAAAAAAGCCGGUAAAAUCUACGGUACCGAGCGGGAAGCUUCGAAGGCAAAUGUUCUGAUUUCGUCCAGCAAUGCAGCCAAUGCGAACACAACAGCGACGACAACGCACGGCCAGAAGAAUGCCAACGGUUCGUCCAACUAGCGGUUACUGUUGCGAUCUCGGUCCUGUUUCAUAGAACCGAGUCGUCUAAAGGAACCGCUGAUGAAGAUGAAGUGCAAGGACACCUAAACAAGUGGUCGCCGUUCUUCAGAGUGUUGACAUAAGGAACCGUUGAACACGUGACGCACGAACGACGUGGUUGUGCGUCAAGUGGUUCAGCUGUUGGUGAUCUUAGUUCGUUUUUUUUUUUAAUUCAAUCCUCUUAUAUAAAGAUGGAUUUUUAGUUGUGGAUGUUCAGUCAUAAAAGUUGAAAGAAAAAAACUGUCGGGUAAAGUAUGACAAUGAUAAAAUAAUGCUAGGUCAAGCUAAUUCGAAAGUAGUGAGACAUGAAAAGAUAGAAAAAUAAGUAGCAAACAAACCAGCGUCUUGGCAGUGAUAUAAACUAAACAAAACUGAUUGCUGAUUAAUCUAAGGUGAUUAAUACAAAUACGUGAAAACAAAACUGAUUGAAAAUUUUUUUUACAAAACGAUGUAAUAAGAAGUGUUUUUAAAGCGUGUGUUUGUAGUUCGAAAAAAAAUCACAAUCAGUAUUGCGGUAAACGGAUGCCAUCGGUGUAAUAAUACAAAUUAUAAGCUGUCUACAAUUGCUGAUACAGUCCAUGUCGCAAAUUUUCAUAUAAAUAGGGACAAACAUGCAAUUAUGGGCAGUAACAAAAAAAUACCGGUUAUUCAUACAGAAUUAGCGAAUAAAUGUGUCAAUUUAGUAUUGUACUUCUUUACAAGUGAAGAAGCAGGAAACAUGAAACUAACAAAUCCAUAGCUUAAUGGUAUUUAUACAAAAACAUCAGCAAACCGAUAUACAACAAAAAAGGAUGAACAAAAACUAAUCUUAAUUACUUAGAGUAAUACCCGUAAAUAAAGGUGUGAAUCGAAUGUCAUCAAACCCAUUUAUACAUCAAACAUUGGUGUAACUAUCCUAAAGUAUUGCUAAUCAAAAGCAUCAGAGAUCACACACAACCGGUGAAGAACUCACUGUCGGUAGAUUUGUUUAAUCGUUUUUUUUUCUUUUCUUUCAACUGUCACUUCACGUCAAGUUAUUUCAAUGUGUCUUCUUCUGUUGUUACCGCGACCUGGAAAUGUGAAACUGAAAGUUGAAGUGGUUUAAAAAUUACCACCCUGGCCCACCUGCACAUCUUCCUGGGUUCAACGCGGUAUAUUUCUUGCAUGUGUGUAAUGAUGCUGCUGAUGAUGAUGAUGAUGAUGAUGAUGAUGAUAGCUCAUGCUUGUAUAGCAUUAGAUAAAUAAGUGGAAUUCUGCUACUAAAGCCUUUUACAUGUUAGUCUAUCUGUCUGUCUGUGUGUAUGUAUGUGUGUGUGUAAAUUAUGUUUUGAAUAUCACUUGAUGGUAAAGAGAAACGCGCACCCGUUUCCGAAAUAUAUGUCAUUGUUUAAGCCAAAAAAUUAUUAAUCAUCGCAAGCGAUAAAAAAACGAUGCACAGUUUUUUUUAUCAAAAGUAAAAGCUUUGUUUCGUUUUGUGGUUAAGUAGUAGAAACAACUACUUUUUUUUGAAAACUAAAUGGAGAACAGAUAAAAGAUUGCAGUGACAAUAUUGAAAAUUAUAGUUUACAAAGAACGUAAGCCGAUUCUGAUUUUUCUCUAAUCAAUACAUCCAGACUGAACUACGUUUACACACGAAUCAAAUCUCUUCCCGGUUUAUGCAAACGAAUAAAACAUACCGAAACAUGCAGAGAGAGAGGGAUUCGAAAUUAAUAAUCGCAUGAACAAUCGUUCUAAUGAAGCUGAGAAGAUAUUCUAGGUUUUCACAUUUUUCAAACUAGAAAAUCAAUUGAAUUUCCCUUCAUCAGAAAAAUAUGAAGCGUAGUGAGAUCAAAUUCGAUCAUUUAAUCGUAGCCUUAUUUGAAACAAAUGAAUAAAUGAAACUUAUUGAUUAUAAUUGCAUAAUAGAAAUCGUUACAUUAAAAAUGGAAAACAAAACAAAAGAGACAAGAAGCAAACUAUUUAACAAAAAAGCGUAUAAAUUCAGCAGCUCACUGUUAUGCAACACCAAAACUUUAGAAUAGAUUUAAUUUUCGGUUCUAUUUCACAUCUCGUAUAUUGCAUAUUGAUUAGACCCAAACUGUCCGAUUGUGUUUCAGAUUGCAUGAGGCAUCAAGUGCAGAACAACGGAUGAGUCGUCGCUGGUUCUGUUUGUCGAAUCCUUAUUAUGUAACAUUAAACAUGAACUAACCAAAAAGCUGGGCUCCUCAAAUAUAUACUGUUGAAAAGAUUUAAAUGUUGUACUGCCGUCAUAUUUUUAUUCUGAAAUCGCUAAUUUUGAAUUAGAAUUAGUGGGCCAUUCAUGGAUACUUGAAGCAUACUUGUCGAUUUACAGGACCUGAUUAUUUCAAAAUAUAUGUAUUCGAAAACCUUCAUUCGAUCAGUGAAUGUUGACAGAUUUGAUAGAAUCGAUUUAGACUGCACCAAACUGUACUGAGAUUGUACAACUUAAACGACUUAGUCGUAUUCUGAAAUUGGUUAGAUAUUUCCGGUGUUCUUUACUAUUUGAAACAGUAUUUUUCUUAAAAUAUUAUUUUAAAAUCCAUUUUUAGUCAUUAUCAUUCUUUCAAGACUCAUCGUUAGUUAUCCGAUAAGUGACAGAAAGAGCACGUAUUUAUCCCCAUGAACAAAUCGCUUUCCGAAUGAAAAAUCAUUGAUUUUUUCAAUAUUCUUCUCAUUCGAGCUUAAUUCGUUUCCAAGUUGUCCAAAUUCUACAAUUCAUUCGAAAUCAAAUUCUGAGUUAUAUACGAUUAGAUAGAAACAAAUGAACACAUUCCAUAAAAAUUUAAAUUAUGUGUGUGCAUUUGCAUUGCACCAUGUAUUCUACUUGAUCAGCAAGUCAGUAAAAUUUUUGAACGAAUUUUGUUUGCACGUUUGGAAGUCGGAGACUUCAAAAAAUAAAGCAAAAUUAAAUUUUUGAUUUCUAACUAAAGCAUGUAUUAAGUAUUAGGGCCUUUAAACGUAAAAAAAUCAUGUAUACUUUACCGACCGUAAAAAUAGCCUUAUGAUGAUGAAAACAAUUAAUGUUUUAAAAGAGCAACUCUUCAAAGUGAAUGUUGAUAGGUGGUUUAUUGGCCAUAGUUUUGUCUUACUCGCGAAAACCAGCCAAUUUCUCGAAAUAUGCACGAGGGGUAGCUUCAUAAUUCACACAUGAAUAAAAAAAUCUGUUAAUAUUAUAUUUGGUCCUAAGUGGAAAUGUCAGAUUCUCUAUGUUUACUUUCUCUUUCAAUUAUUACGGUACUCUUAGCAAUCGUUCUAUCUAACGGUUUAGAUAGAAUAACUUAUCUUUUAAUCUGCACUGAAGAAAUUAUCGAAAAAUACAGAAAUAUUUCGUAAUACAUGAAAGAGAAACUGACCUAAUCUAAUGUUCAGCGAGAAAGUAAACAUUUGCUGUCAAUAUAAGUUUCGCCCUGCUUUGAAAAACAGUUGAUUUCAGUUUAUGGAGCAGACUAGAGAUGGGCAAUUCGUUCGCGAACGGUUCAGAUGAACUAGUUCUUUUGAAAGAAUGAAUGAGCAGUAGUUCUUUUUUCGAGAACGGUAGUUCUAUAAUAAGAAAGCUGCAUCACGACAGCUCAGUUCUAAUUCGUGGGACCUGUUUUUUUUGCUCGCCUAACCUAACAAUACUACCCAAGAAACCACGACGCAUUAUAACUUUACUUUAAUUCAGCUUUAACAAUUCGCGUGAAAUUUGAAUAAAUGCAGCGGAGUUACACAUGUUUUUACAAUGCUAUUAUAAAGCUGAGAAGGGCGAUUAUUAGACUCUUAUAGGAUUAUUACUCUAAUAGUUAUUAUUAAAGUUUCGUUGCUCCAAAAUAUAGCAUCGAAUGUCUAUAUACAACACGGCAGAAGGUUGUUGUAAAAUAAUGCUCAGUUACAUUUUGAAUGCAAAUUUAAUGCACAUUUCUUUAAAGUAUGUAGAAUUAGUGUAAUUAUACAUUAACAAUGUAAAAAUAGAGGUUACUUGGGUAAGUUCUCGUUUAGUCAAACUAUGAAAAGAACGAACGAACGGCUCUGAAAAACUAGUUCUUUCAAUAGAACUUUGCAUCACUGAACGGUUCUUUGAAAUGAACUGUUUUGCCCAUCUCUAGAGCAGACCAACAAAUAUCCAGAAAUGCUAGGUCUGAAUAAUUGUCUGUAAAUCUGCAGAUUUCCGAAACAAGCUGCAGACAUGUUUUUGUUGCAGGAUUUUGAAAAACGUGUUUUCCGCAGACAUUCGGCACAAAGUACAGAGGUUGUAAGUGUGAUCAAUAUUCGAGUUUGUAAAGACUGGAUGGCAUAACGAACAAAUUUUCUGUUUUUUUCCAUUUGUACCCCAUAUCAAAACAGACUGAAGAAAUACUUCCAAAUUUUCGAUAAUUUUACGACAGAGGCGAUUUGUCACUGCUCAGAAUGUGAAAUCAGCAGAAUUGAACCGUACCUCUGUCUGCGUACUUCUCGGUUGAGUUCUCAAAUUAGUCGCACAAGAAAAUGACAUACUCUCUUUGUUUAUUUCCUCUUUCGAAUAUUGUGAUGCGAUUAUAAAUAUGUUCAUGGAUUUCUAUUACAAAAACGUCAGUAUUUGUAGUUUGACGUAAGUCUAUCAUAUCUGUUAACGUGCUGCAAGAUUUGAAUUUAAUCUGUUUUUGAAGAAAUUUGAUAAAAUGUAAUUACUUGACUGAAACAACAUAAAAUACUUUUAAUUUUUAUAGGAAUUAGAUUUCAGCAUUCCUAAUUUGUUACCAAUCCAAAAUUAAAAAACAGACACCGGUUUUUGUCGUUGAAUGAUGGUUUUCGAAUCAUUUCACUAAAUCGAUUCAACUUUUGUUAUAAGAGUCGGACGGUCAGACUGUGAUCAAUGUUGACUGGAAAUCAUGAAGUAAGAUUUCUUCCUUAUUUCAGUUCAUGUUCACCUAGAGAACAGGAUCGACGUUAUUCGUAUAAAAAUUAAACCAUUUUAGCUGCAGCUCGAAUAUGAUGUAGACUUACACAUAGUGGGACAAAAACAUCAUGGCCGAGCGAAAAUCAGUGUUUAAUAAGUCAACCCAGCCUAUAUCUAACUGUGAAGUAAAGUUUCUAAAGCUACCACACGCAAGCGACUCUCAACCAUGUAUAACUGUUAAUGUUACUUUUAGGAUAGAAAAUGUGAUUUUUUAGAUUAUCUGUAUAGUUUAACUGUAUAUGUAUAUAAUGUCCCUUUAUAACAACAAAUUUGUAUAGAUAAAUGUUACAUAUAAUGUACUGUAUCCUAACGUUCCUGUAGAACGAAGAGUAAUCAACACUAAACUUAAGUUGAUUAGAAAGGAGCAACAUUCUGUUUUUCGAAUAAUAAAAGCAAAAGGCACGCCAAUAUGCAAGUAGGAAUGGUAUAACAGUCAUUGCAGCACGCUAUAGAACCAACUAAAACAAUUACAACUAAGUGUAAAUUGUUAUUCAGAUUCAUGUUUGCUACAGGAGUAAAUAAAAUAUACUAAACGAAUGUUUUUCAUCCAAACGUACACUUGAGAAAGAAGCAUUUUAAAAUAAGCUCGAAGGACAAACGCAAAUGCCAAUAACCAGCAAACAAUAAAUAAAAGUUAGUAGUGAAUGAACCUGAGACAGAAACCACAUACAUUUAGAAAAAAAAACUACACAUAUAUGCAUACAUCUGUAAUUAUCAUGACACACGCAGCAAAGUGCCCACACAACUCAUGAUGAUGAGCUAAGGGUAAAUCCUCCGAAUAAACACGAAAUACCUUUCUAUUACACCUUGUUUUUGACGGCCCGGUAGGACGGUACAGAGGCAGAAUCAAUAUCAGUGAUUUUUAAACUGAUGAACAACCAGUGUGCAUACUUUAGUGUUUAAUUUUUCUACACGAGCAAACCGUCAUCAAUCUUGCAUUUAAAUGACAAAGAAAGUCUAAAAAAAUUGAACACGGCACAAGUGGAGAAACAAAUAACUCAGUGACAAUUGUGCGGGAGGCAUGGGCGGUAUCGCUAUAGAAAACAACAAGAAUACUGGUCAUUAUAACUAUAAUUAGAAUUUAGUAGAAAGUAUUUAAUGGCAGUGUCACGAGACAAUUUGAGUCCGCAGCAUUUUGAUCUUCUAAUAACAAACAAACCGUAUUUUAGAGAGUAAACAAUUAAGGCAAAUAAACCCGCAUAUUUGACAUUGAAGUAAAAAUAUUUAUGAAUAAUGUUACUGAAGGAAAAAAUACUAGAGAAUUAUAGCAAUGCGCAGUUGUAUAUACCGAGUGAACGAAAUGCACUUAUAAAAACAUUUUUAGAUUUUAAAAAUAA